UGUUUGUUUGAUGUGCAGCUGAGAGCUCCCUGAAAGAGCCUGGCUGUUAUUGUUUACGGUCAGACUAAAUGUGAAGUAGGUCACACAGAAAGGAGCCGAGACCCUCAAUAAGCUGUCUGGAGAGAAGAGUCGUCGAGGCGCAGCCUGUCUCCGGUGUUGUCGGUGAUUUAACGUGAAUGCUGGUCGUGAACAACAGGCAGCAGCUGGACGGAUGCUGUUCUUUCAGCAUCUGGACUAAACCUGACCAUAAAACUAACUGUCAGGAUCUUCUGCUGGUGAGACUUUGUUGCUGCCAUGUCCAGGCGAAGCAGGAACAGUCGUGCAUGGCGAUAUGUUUGGGGUGGAAUACGGCGGGAUGCUGAUGCCCGGGCACUUGUGUUGGCAUCUGAAAGUGAAGAAUGGAACUACGACCGUCUAGAGUACAGUGAUUCAGACUCCGAGGCCGACUUUUCAGCUGUAAUGGUCCCUCCGGUCCCCAGUGCAGUGCCUGUCACCGGAGAGUCCUACUGUGGCUGCGAUUCCCAGGCUGAGACCAGCUACAACCCUCGCCUGCGAGGUUUUCACCAAGUGAAAGACUGCCACUGUGGAGAGGAUGACCAAGAAUUUGACUGGGUUUGGGAUGGCAACAGUCGAUCGACAGCAACAUUAUUGAGCUGUGACAAUCGCAAAGUGAACUUCCACUCUGAAUACAGCUGUGGUACAGCUGCAAUCCGUGGCUCCAAGGAGCUGGCUGAAGGGCAGCACUUCUGGGAGAUCAAGAUGACUUCUCCAGUGUACGGAACAGACAUGAUGGUUGGUAUUGGUACGACUGAUGUCAACCUAGACAAGUACAGGCAUACGUUCUGCAGCCUGUUGGGAAAGGAUUCAGACAGCUGGGGUCUUUCUUACACUGGCUUGUUGCAUCACAAAGGAGACAAGAUGAACUUCUCUUCCCGGUUUGGACAGGGGUCCAUCAUUGGAGUCCAUCUGGACACGUGGCAUGGCACAUUGACUUUCUUCAAGAAUCGCAAGUGUAUAGGUGUUGCUGCCACAGAGCUACAAAACAAGAGGUUCUACCCAAUGGCGUGCUCCACAGCAGCAAAGAGCAGCAUGAAGGUGAUCAGGUCCUGCUCUGCACCCACCUCCCUGCUCUACCUUUGCUGUGCCCGCCUUCGCCAGCUGCUGCCGGACUGUAUAGAUACCCUGGACGUGUUGCCACUGCCGCCAGGCCUUCGCCACUUGCUCCACAACAAACUGGGUUGGGUGCUUAGUCUCAACAGCGGCACCACAGAGGAUACACCAGAGGGGCCCGAGCGGCCGUCGUGCUUGCCUGUUCCACCGUUGGCUGGACCAUCCUCCUCUGAGAGCGACUCAGAGGGUUGUACCUCUGAUCCUGAAGCCUGUCAGAGGAAGAGAUGCCGCUGGACUUGACUGGAUAGUACGAUUCCUACCUCCCCUCAAACACUGGCAGACGUUACUGUCCCGUGGCAUCUACUCUAGUGUUACCUACCUGCCUCAAGCUUUCCUCGACAUAUGCGUUACCCAGUAGAGAAGAAUACAAACCAGGAUUAGUUGAGCAGGGGGAGCGGUACGUACUGUAGGUGGGAAACUGACGGCAGUAUCUCUGCCUGCACGUUUUUACUGUGAUCUUCUCUCAUGCCAAUCACGUCUUCAUGCUCAUCACACACGUAACAUCCAAACCAGCUUCAGUGAUAAGUGACAAGAUGUGACGUUAUUUUGUUAGUCAGCAUAGUUUGUUGCAGAUCUGUUGCCAAUCAUGAAUGAGGGAUCAGUGACAUGCGAGAGUGGACUGUACAGUGUAACACUGAAGUAUGUAAGUAUGGCCAUAUUUUGGUGGUCAUCGUGGUAUAUUUGCAAAAAAAAAGGGGUCAGAAUUUAGGCACUAUAUAACUUUUUCUGUGUUUUCAUCUUGUAUGCAAAUAAUGUGUAUUGUUCUCAACCUAAAUGCUAUUCAUGCAUUAUCAAAUCUGUUAGGUGUUUUACUGGCAUCUGCAAUUUUCUGUUAGGUUGCCAAAGUGAGAAUUAGCUGCGUCCCAUGAGUGGAACAGACAGGAAGUGACACACAGACUUCUUAAUGUCUUCCCCACUGGUCACAGCUGUAAAGAUAAAAACUUUUAGUCUUGAGUCUGUUUUGUCUUACAAGGAUAAUCCAACCAACUCAAACACCUCUGAUUUCUCGUUUGUUUCUUCUUGAAAAACUUGUAGGAAAAAAGUUUCAAGUAUUUGUUACAUUCAUGGCCACAUACAUCCACCCGUCACCAGUUUUUUAAAAUCUCCUGUCCAAACAUCAUGCUACUUGUUUGUAGAAUCUAUGGAUGUCUUCUUUUCUAACAGAUUGAAACAGUGUACUUUGUUGUUAGUGUAGCUCUUUAAGUCCAAUGAUGAGACAAGUAUGUUAUUCAGAUUAGACUUGCAAAAGUCACCUGUCAUCACUGUUACACCUUAUCAUUUUUAUCAGUUUUUAAAGUUUCUUUCAUUGACAAAAAAUGAAAUUUUAAGGUUAAAUUUUUUGUACUAAUGUGUUUACGUUAGUUUUGGUUACUCAAUGCCUUGUUAUGUCACUUCCUUUACCAUCUCCCUUCGAACCCUUAUUCAUUAAGUUCUAGUAUCUAGUAUCAAACACUCAGCGCCUGUAAUCCAAAGAGGUGGCUGUUGAACUGUUCCUAGUUUUCCCAUUAAAGGAGGACUGUGGCUGUGGUCAGUUUGACUUUGAUUACAAUGGUGACAGUUUUUCACAGCAGAAAAUGGUUAUAGAAACUUGUGUGUAUGCUUAGUAUGUUUCUAACAAUAAUCACUUUGUCAAAAUAUGGCUAAAACACACUUUCCAUGUUGUACUACUGUCUGACGACAAUCAUAAAUCUCACUGGAUAUUUAGCCAUAUUUUGACAUAACUGACUAUUCAAACAAGUUUAGCCUUUGGCUUCAAAAUAGGAAGGUGGAUUAAUGCUGCAGUAGUGGUCUGCAAGGUUUUUCUGAUACAAUUUAUUUUUCUGUGAAGAC